GCGCCAAAUCCAAACCAAAGCAGCAACGAGCCGCAGCACGCGCCCACGAAUGGGGGCGAGGCUGGGCAGGGUAAUCCGCAUGUGCAGCAGAAUGGCGGCGGUCAGCCMCAGGGUGAUCCGAGCAAUGGCUUCCAGACGCCCGACUACUAUGCGCCGCGACAUGGAGCGCCGCAGGGCGGCAUGCUGGCGCCACCUGGCUUCCCGCCGUUGCACUACCUGAACAAGGGCGUGCUGCCCAUGGAGCAGAAYGGAGGCGAAUCGUAUGCGCUGCCCGAGCUGCUGCCCGGCCAGCAACAGCAGCAGCAGCAGCAGCAACAGCAACAGCAGCAACAGAACGGAGCCCAGCCGAAUGGCGGGCAGAACGGCGGCCCGGCCAAUGGCAAUGCCAAUGAGGGCGCCGCGGCGGCCAAUGGCGGAGCAGCGGGCGCAGCGGGCGCCACGGGGACGACGAGCGGCCGCACGGGACCUGGCCGCCCGCACAAGAACAAGCCGCACAGCGAUCUGCGGCUGUUCAAGUGCCUCACCUGCGGCAAGGACUUCAAGCAGAAGAGCACGCUGCUGCAGCACGAUCGGAUCCAUACGGAUGCCCGUCCAUUUCCGUGCUCCGAGUGCGGCAAGCGCUUUCGACAGCAGUCGCACCUGACGCAGCAUCUGCGCAUCCAUGCCAACGAAAAGCCAUUCACCUGCCCGUACUGCUCGCGCAGCUUCCGGCAGCGAGCCAUACUCAAUCAGCACAUACGCAUCCAUUCGGGUGAGAAGCCCUUCGCCUGCCCCGAGUGCGGCAAGCACUUUCGCCAGAAGGCCAUCCUCAAUCAGCAUGUGCGCACCCACCAAGGCGCGACAGUUAACACAUCCAUUACCGAUAACGAUAACGAUAGGCGAUGGUACAGCACUACGCCAUCGCCACCUAGUCAGGGCCGCAAGGCAAACCAGCUAUUUGACCCCACUGCUAGAUCCUCUCGUAGCUGCUCUCCUAGUGCUAGAGCGAAUCCAGGCCAGAAGAUCCUGCCCGAGGUGCUGCAGCAUAUUGGCGUGCGGCCGGCGAAUAUGCCGCUCUAYGUGCGCUGCCCCAUCUGCGACAAGGAGUUUAAGCAGAAGACGACGCUGCUGCAGCACGGCUGCAUACACAUCGAAUCCCGGCCGUAUCCGUGUCCGGAGUGUGGCAAGCGUUUCCGCCAGCAGUCGCAUCUCACGCAGCAUCUGCGCAUCCAUACGAAUGAGAAGCCCUUCGGCUGCAUGUACUGUCCGCGCUUCUUCCGGCAGCGAACCAUUCUGAACCAGCACUUGCGCAUUCACACUGGCGAGAAGCCYUACAAGUGCGGCCAGUGUGGCAAGGACUUCAGGCAGAAGGCCAUAUUGGAUCAGCAUACGCGCACCCACCAGGGCGAUCGUCCGUUCUGCUGUCCCAUGCCGAAUUGCCGGCGACGCUUUGCCACGGAGAACGAGGUGACGAAGCACAUUGACAACCACAUGAAUCCCAACAGCACCAAGGUGCGCCGGCAGCAGCAACAGCAACAGCAGCAGCAGCAACAGGUGCAGCAGGUGCAACAGCAGGUGCAGCAGCAGCAGCAACAGCAGCAGCAGCAGGUGCAGCAGCAGCAACAGAACGCCGCCGCCUCGGCUGCUGUCGUCAAUCAUCUGAUGAACGAUGCCAAGAGCCUGGCCGCGCAGCAAUUCCUCAACAACAACAAUCCCGCCGCCGUGGACAACAAGGCCAACAUAUUGCCGGUGCGCAGCAUGGCGGCGAAUGCGGCGGCGGCAGCGGCCGUCGCCCAGCAAUCGGUGGUCAAGAAUGAGCUAUACUUUCCGCAGUGCUACGGCCCGCCCUUCCAGCACCCCUUCCACGCCCAGCAGCAGCAGCAACAGCAGCAGCAGCCGAGCGCCGCCCACGCCAAUGGACCCACGCCUCCUGUGACGGUGACCGUGGCCAGUGCGCCGGGCGUGGUGGUGCAGCAGAAUGCGGCCACCUCUGUGGUGGCCCAGUGACAUCCCACCACUGGAGCAGCUGGAGCACAACAG